AUGUACGUCGACGCGAUGGUGCGCCACCUGCUCAGUGGGCAGUGGUCGCAGCAAAUCAGACGCCUCGUCCGCGCCUUUCACGCAGAGCUGCCCCAUGAGCUUGUGUCGGUCUUGGACUACAAGGAGCUAGAGUUGUUGCUCUGCGGCACGCCCGACAUUGACCUCGACGACUGGCGCGCCCACACGAUCGUGUCGCGCUCGCUGCAGUGCACGACAACCCCCGCGUGGUUCUGGGACGUUCUCGAGUUUGACAUGAGUGCUGCCGACCGCACCGAGCUCCUGCACUUUACGACCGCGACGAGGUUUAAGGGGCUUACGAGCUAUGACGGCAAGCCCUGCCUCUUCACGCUGCAGUCGACAACCUACAGUCGCGGGUGGCUCGCCAAGGUGCACACGUGCUUCAACCGCAUCGAUCUGCCGCUGUACCCGACCCGCGGCCUCGUGAGAAACGUGCUCUUUAUGCUGCUGGGCGUCGAGUCGAUGGCGUUCACGCUCGAGUAG